UCCGGUUGUUGCCGGGCCCUAUAUCCGGUGUCCGCCCGCCCUCGGCUCCGCCGCCGUCUCCGCAGCCGCCGCGAUGCUGUCCCGGUCGCGCUGCGUGUCCCGGGCAUUCAGCCGCUCGCUCUCCGCCUUUCAGAAGGGGAACUGCCCUCUAGGGAGACGUUCCCUGCCUGGGGUCUCCUUAUGUCAGGGACAAGGUUACCCUGACAGCAGGAAGAUUGUCAUUAACAACAGUAGUGUCUUCAACGUUCGCUUCUUCAGAACUACGGCUGUGUGCAAGGAUGAUGUGGUUACAGUCAAAACCCCAGCAUUUGCAGAAUCUGUCACAGAGGGGGAUGUCAGGUGGGAGAAAGCUGUUGGAGAUACAGUUGCAGAAGAUGAAGUAGUUUGUGAGAUUGAAACUGACAAGACAUCCGUGCAGGUUCCAUCACCAGCACAUGGCGUGAUCGAAGCUCUUUUGGUCCCCGAUGGGGGGAAGGUAGAAGGAGGCACUCCUCUUUUCACACUCAGGAAAACUGGCGCUGCUCCUGCUAAGGCCAAACCAGCCGAAGCCCCUGCUGCUGCAGCCCCAAAAGCAGAACCUACAGUAUCGGCAGCUCCUCCUCCCCCUGCAGCAUCUAUACCCACUCAGAUGCCACCAGUGCCCUCACCCUCACAACCUCCUGUUAGCAAACCGGUGUCUGCAAUAAAACCCACUGCUGCUCGUCCAGGAGCUGAGCCAGGAGUUGGCAAAGGUGUGCGUUCAGAACAUCGGGAGAAAAUGAACAGGAUGCGGCAGCGCAUUGCUCAGCGUCUGAAGGAGGCCCAGAACACAUGUGCGAUGCUGACGACCUUCAAUGAGAUUGACAUGAGUAACAUCCAGGAGAUGAGGGCCCGGCACAAAGAUGCUUUCCUGAAGAAACAUAACCUCAAACUGGGCUUCAUGUCAGCAUUUGUGAAGGCCUCUGCCUUUGCCUUGCAGGAGCAGCCUAUUGUAAAUGCAGUGAUUGACGAUGCAACCAAAGAGGUGGUGUAUAGGGAUUAUAUUGACAUCAGUGUUGCAGUGGCCACCCCACGGGGUUUGGUGGUUCCUGUCAUCAGGAACGUGGAAACGAUGAAUUAUGCAGAUAUUGAGCAAACCAUCAGUGAACUGGGAGAGAAGGCCCGAAAGAAUGAACUUGCCAUUGAAGAUAUGGAUGGUGGUACUUUCACCAUUAGCAACGGAGGUGUUUUCGGCUCCCUCUUUGGAACACCCAUUAUCAACCCCCCUCAGUCUGCCAUCCUGGGCAUGCACGCCAUCUUUGAUAGGCCAGUGGCUGUGGGAGGCAAGGUGGAAGUGAGGCCCAUGAUGUUCGUGGCACUUACCUAUGAUCACCGGCUAAUCGAUGGCAGAGAGGCUGUGACUUUUCUCCGCAAAAUCAAGGCAGCGGUAGAGGAUCCCAGAGUUCUCCUACUGGACCUUUAGGAGGAAGCCAAAUGCCCUACAUAUCAACCAUGCAGGAACUGAAAACCAGUCUUCUCCUUGCCCCCCACGCGGGUCCUGGGUUAGCCUGGUGACAGACAGGCACAUGCUGUUGGCCUCAGCAAGGAAGCCAGGGCACUCUGUAACCAGCAGUCACAGGUCUUUCCUCGGUAUUCCUAGCAGGCUCUCUCCCUCUCUGCACCCUUCUCUUACACUCAAAUAUUGUAUUUCCUUAGGCUUGGGGAAGAGAGCCUUAAUGGAUGCUCAUUAAUAUUCCUGUCUUUCUUCCAUUAGCCCCCUGCAGAGAUGAUUUUGCUUCUCCCCUGUGCAGAAUACUAUAGGAAAACCACUGGGGACCAUGUGAUUAAGUUUCAAUCUUUUGAAAGUAUUCUCCAGAGACGCCUAGGAGGGUGCUGUGCUUCCCAAGCUUGAGGCAGCCUCUGUGUUGGCUGUGCACAUUUUCACUCGAUUCCACCUGUGUGGAGGUUUUGACCACAGGCCAGGAGGUGCUGCUUUGCUUAAUUCACCUUCAUUCUCAGCUAUCAUUGACUUCAAGAUGCCUCUUCUACCUCUUCCAGGAAGCACAUGCCAGGGGAUCUGGCUAGGAGGGGUCUGGCGGUGUUGAGGGGGGAGAGGGCAGAUUCCUCCUGAGGUUAUAUAUUGGAAACUAGGAGGGAGCGGAACCCAGACCCGCCCUCACACUCCAUCACAGCCUCGCACCGGGAAGACUCAUUUUGGCACAGUCACACACAGCUGUGGUUGUGCCAACUUUUCCAGGUUGCUAGGAACCAUUCUAGCCAUUGUUCUCAUUUAGAGCAGAUUGUAGCAUCUCAUGGCAGUGGGGGAUGGUUACCACCCAGGACUGGAGCCUGGUAGAGACUGAGGUGAGGAAAGUUUUUUGUGGAUUGGCUCAGAUUGACUUGAGCUUUUAAAUUCCACUGGUAUAAGCGAGUGGACUGAAGAGGCAGCCCUGUUCCUUCCUGCAUCAUGGCCCUUGGGGAGCAGGGCCUUUGAGCUUCCUCUGCAGAACACAGGUCUGGGGGAGGAUGGACUGUGGUGGAAACCAGCCCCAAGAAGCUAGUACACAGGGGAGGUGACCGAUGUCACCUCUAAGGUACUGCCCGUUGGGUCUGGCCACAAUCAUUGGAAUAAUUGGAGCAGGGGUUUUGUCAUGAAAGCUGUCGGGCUUCAUCGCUUUCAAUCCAAUGGCAUCCAGGCCCGAGGCUGCUGACACUUGACCCCGGGAGCCCUUCGUUUAGUGCAGAGUGCCCAUGUGUACCUUGAGGGAGGAAGCAAGGCCUGGGGGUGGGGUGGGGGGAAGGAUGGGGGAUGGGAGCCAGUACUGAGUGCCUGCAGCAUCUACUAUGUCGUCACUAUUCAGAACUUGUAACUGAAAUAUUUAAAGAAAGUGAUUUUAAAUGCAAAUUAAAGGGCAAAUGUUCUCAAAUG